AUGGAUCUAACUUAUAUUCCUGAAGACUUAUCCGACUGUCCAAAAUUUGGAAAUAAAUCCUGUCCUCCCACCAAUCGCUCACUUUAUGUCCGAGUGCUAAUGUAUUCUGUUAUGACUGGAGCCCUGGUUAUAACUGCCUUUGGAAACUUGGUUAUAAUGAUUUCCAUAUCACAUUUCAAACAGCUAACUCCCACAAACUUUCUGAUCCUCUCCAUGGCAACCACAGACUUUUUGCUGGGUUUUGUCAUCAUGCCAUACAGCAUGGUGCGAUCAGGGGAGAGCUGUUGGCAUUUUGGUGAUGGCUUUUGUAAAUUCCAUGCAAGCUUUGACAUGAUGCUGAGCCUGGCCUCCAUUUUCCACCUCUGUUCCAUCGCUAUAGAUCGAUUUUAUGCUGUGUGUUACCCUUUACAUUAUGCAUCUACAAUGACAACCUCCAUGAUAAAGCGAUUACUUGCAUUUUGCUGGUCCGCCCCCGCUCUUUUUAGUUUUGCUUUAGUUCUAUCCGAGGCCAACGUUGCCGGUAUGCAGAGCUAUGACAUUCUUGUCACUUGCUUCAAAUUCUGUGCACUCACUUUCAACAAACUUUGGGGAACAGUAUUGUUCACUACUUGUUUCUUUACUCCUGGCUCUAUCAUGGUUGGUAUUUAUGGCAAAAUCUUUAUGGUUUCCAAACGACAUGCUCAAGUCAUCAGCAGUAUGCCUGAAAACACUAAAGGGGAACUGGAGAAAAACCUGUCUAAGAAAAAAGAUAGGAAAGCGGCUAAGACCCUGGGCAUAGUGACGGGGGUGUUUCUCGCUUGCUGGUUGCCUUGCUUUCUUGCUGUUCUGAUUGACCCAUAUUUAGACUACUCCACUCCCAUAAUAGUACUUGAUCUUUUGGUGUGGCUUGGGUAUUUCAACUCUACUUGCAACCCCCUUAUUCAUGGCUUUUUUUAUCCAUGGUUUCGGAAAUCUCUGAAGUACAUAGUGUCAGGAAAAAUACUUCGCUCUCAUUCAAAAAGCGCAAAUUUGUUUCCUGAAGGACGUUAA